UUUAGCGCUACCUAACCUAAAAAAAAUGAGAUAAUAACAAUAAUAAUAUCACUGAGCAGGAAUUCAACUCUUGCAAUAUCUGUUUUUAAACUGUGAUAUCAAUUUGGUAGUAUUCUCAGUGUUAUCAUAUAUUAGGCUUUUGUUUUAAACGUAUUCAACUUUUGUUGGGCAGCAACUUCUUUUUUAAUGCCCUAUACCAGCAACUAGUGGACCUAAUCCAGUAAUCCAUUUAUUUGAUUGACCUUCAGUAGUAAAAAUGGAGAAAGAUAAAAGCAGAGGUCUCAAGCACAUAAAGGACAAGAGAAAAUACAAAGGCAACUCUGUAAAAAACCCUAAGUAUGUACCAACAAAAACUCAACCUAACUUAGGAUCUAACUGGGAGAGAUAUGAACAUUCCGAUGAAGACGAGAAGGGUUUAACUAAUAGUACCGACUUCAAGCUGUUGUCUAAUGUCCCUAUAACCACAGGAAGUCAUUUUCAAUUUAGGCAUGAUCAACUUUACGAAGGUCGUGAUGAAAAUGACUUGUUUUCCUUAAAUUUGCAAGCGCUUCAUAGGAGUAUGUCGACUAUACCAUUUUAUGAACGAGUUGGCAUUCCCAAAGAGUAUUUUCCCGAAGAAGAAAUAAUAAAAAUGGAAAAAAAUGCCCAGACGGCAUUAAAAUCUUAUGAACAAUUUCUUAAGCAUAAUAAAGAUCUUGCUACCGAGCUUUCAGAAAAGUAUAAAAAAAUAUUGCUGAGUAAAUCGUCAGAUGAUGAGCCAGACCUUGUCUCUGACGAUAUUAGCAAACACGACUCUAAUGUUCAGGGAAGCAACGCAUUAUUAGAAAUGAUUGACGAUAAUUAUGAGGCAACCACUGACUCCAAACUUGAACCGUCUGUAACGAAGAAUUCAGAAGAAGAAGAUUUAGAAGAUUGGCUUGAGGAUAUUUUAGAUAAGGAGUAGCACCUUGAUAAAGACAAAAAAUAAACAACGUCGAAACGUCGGCCAAUUAAAAACUGGAGGUUUGAUUUGUUGUCCUUAAUCCCGCUAUUUAUAUUUAAUAAUACAUUCUGAAUCGUCCUAGAAUUUGGUUUGUUUUCGUACCUAUUGGGAGUUGUAAAUAAAUAAAUAGGAUUUAGUGAAAACAACGCAUAGGUGAACUACACUUCGAAAUU